AUGGAGGAGUGCAGCAUCGCAACACCACGUACUGCAGAUUCAUCGCUGGAUGCCGAUCAUGAUGAUGAUCUGGUGGCUAGGUACUGGAGGAUGGAAGACCUAGUGGGAGGAGGUGAAUCACCUAGAAUAGGGGAGCGCGAGCUCGAACAAGAGGUGGAUGAACUGCAUGUCAUCAGCGCAGAUGAAUUGAACACUUUAGGAGUCAUUCGAAAGGAACCCAAGCACGGUCACGGCGAGCAGCGACUGAUCGUGGGAGUGUACGUCGACGACCUCAUAAUCAUUGGAGGCGACAUGAAAGUUCUCGGAAUAUUCAAGAGGGAGAUGUCAAAGAACUUCAAGAUGAGCAAUCUCGGAGUGUUCAGCUACUACCUCGGCAUUGAAGUGCAACAGAGUACUGCCAGCAUCACCAUUUGUCAAUGUGCGUACACAAAGAAGUUGUUGGACAUAGCUGGGCUUGUAAAUAGUAACCCUACAAGGAAGCCAAUGGAAGCCCGACUCCAACUGAGGAAAGUCAGCACUACAACGACAGUCGACUCCACCAAUUACCGCAGCAUUGUCGGGAGCCUGCACUAUCUGGUAAACACACGCCCUAGCCUUGCUUAUUCCGUUGGAUACGUGAGUAUGUUUAUGGAAGCACCUAGGGAGGAGAUCUUGUGGCUGUCAAGUGCAUCCUGCAUUAUGUGGUGGGAACCAGAGGCUGGGGUGUGA